AUGGGCAAUUCAAUCAUUUACUCUCCCGGGCCCACCCGGCGGUGCCAAGUGCCCGCUCUUCUGCCCUGGAAGGAACUGGUGGCUCCUCCGAUCGAGCGCUUGAUCGCAAAGCUCUGUAGCCGCCGUACCGCACUGCCCUGCGGGCAGGGCCUUCGCUCUUCCCUCCUCCCCAAAGACCAAGAAUUCCCGCCUCUCCGCGGAAGGCGGGAGCAGCUCGGGGCUUGCUCCCCAUUCCUCCCCCAGCAGGAGCCAAACAGCCCCUCAGCAGAGCGGCGCGGUACACCCUCACCCUGCGGGUGGCUGCCCGUCCCACACCUUCGCUCUCUCCUGGGGCGGGCCAGCCUCUCUCCGCUGCCUACCCGCCUGCAAGGCGCGGCCGGAAAGACCGCGAUUUUUUGCCUAGCAACACCCUCCCCGCCUUGGGGCAGGGGGAGAGGCAACCCCCACCGCCACCUCCAGUCCCCACCCGCACCGGGCAAAGAAACAGACGUCGUUCGCCCCUCUCGGGUAACCAGACGGCACCCUUUGCCUGGGCAGGGUGAGGGGCAUCUAUCGUCCGCCGACGUGAAUUGGCGGGCGGCACAGACACUCCCCCCUCCCGCCGCCAUCACCUCAGAAACGAAAACGAGCCCUUCUCCCAGCAGGGCUCCACCCCUUUUCGUCUCAUCGACCCGCUCGACACUUGGCUGUUCCGGGCUGCUGGUAGGAGGAGAAGGGUGCAGGCCGGUCAAGCCGAGGGACGAGUUCAGCUGAUGCAACCUAACCUGGCCGGCGUGACAGUUUCCGGCACGCGGCGGCGGCGGCUGCGACCGAGAAAGGGGCCCGGGUGCCGGGCUAACUGCUGGAGACGGCAGCGACAGAGUCAUGG